AACUAUUUCCUUAUAAAUGACAAUUGUUCGAUAAUCCUGCAUCGCCGGUGCAUGCACAUUUUAUUAUUUGCAGUUCAUAUCCAUCCACAUAAGCCGUGCCCAAUGCCGAGGAAUGGAUUGUGUGUCUGAUAAAGGAGGAAUGAUGGUCGAGAACGAUGAACAACAGUCGGAGAGGGAUCGCGGCGGUGGCGCAGCGAUGGACGCGCUACAGCAAUGCGAACUUAUCCAGAAUAUGAUCGAAAUCUCCAUCUCUAGUUUACAAGGGCUCCGGACCAAAUGCGCGGCGUCCAACGAUCUUACCCAGCAAGAAAUACGCACUUUAGAGGUGAAGCUGAUGAAGUACAUAUGUAAGCAGUUGCAGUGCAAGCAGAAAGUGCCGGAGACGGAUCGACCACAGGCUCUGGACAGCUACCCAAGACUGAGGGACUGGCUACGCACCAUCAACCUCAGACCCGAGCUAAUCGAGGCGGUGUCCGUGAGGCUGUCUUUGGAUGCCUUGCUGCAGAUGCCCGGGGUCCAGGUGCGGGAGACCAUGAGGAGAUUGGGCUCCAGCUCUGAGGAGUGUGCCAGGCUCAGUGUGGCCCUCUCCUGCCUGAAGAGUGCCACUGAAUCAGGAGGGGAGCUGAAAGAAGAUGGAGGACCCUGGUUUUCAGAACCCACCAGACGCGACAGCGGUUCUUUAGCCCCCGUGGAUCAGCUGCCUUCCCUGGGGGGUCCACUACGCCCACACAGUCCCUCUCCAUUGGCCAGGCCACCAGCCACUCCCUCCACGCCCUCCACCCCCUGCGGCACCUUCCCUCACCCGCGCCACGUGCUCUCCUCGGCCGACACCCACAUCUCCCACGGUUACGCGGACAGCCUGACCGACCCCAGCCCCUACUACUCCUCGCGUCCAAUGAGGGUCCACGGCCACGCGUCCACCCCUCCCAUAACCCCGCCCUCCAAGAGGAGGCACAGGCUCAAGCCGCCCUGCACGCCGCCACCGCCCUCCAGGAAAGUGCUGCACCUACUCCCCAACAUCACACUCACCCGCAGCAAAAGCCACGAGUCCCAGCUAGGAAACCGCAUCGAAGACCCCCCCUCUAAUAAGUGUGCGAAGAAGAACAAGCUAUUUCUGAACGUUCAGAUCAAUGGGAAUGGAUGUGAAGACUCGCCCUCCCGAUCUCCACUGCUUGCUGCCCGCACCCCUGGGGCGGCCCCCGCUACGGCCCCCUACACCCUGCCUGGUACCCCCACCCUGCUGGAAGAGCAUAGCAUCCUGAAGAACAGCAUUACCAUGCACCGCAGUUCUCCACAGGCUGUGAGAAGAGACAUUGGUUUGGCUGUCACUCACAGGUUCUCCACCAAGUCUUGGCUGUCCCAGACGUGCCAGGUGUGUCAGAAGAACAUGAUCUUCGGGGUGAAGUGCAAACACUGUCGGUUAAAAUGUCACAACAAAUGCACUAAAGACGCCCCCCCCUGCAGAAUCUCUUUCCUGCCGAUCACAAAGAUCCGGAGGACCGAGUCCGUGCCGUCGGAUAUUAACAACCCCGUGGAUCGUCCGGCUGAGGCUCCGCAGUUUGGAACUCUGCCAAAGGCAAUAACCAAGAAGGAUCACCCACCGGUGCUGAAUCAGUUGGACUCCAGUAGUAAUCCAUCCUCUACCACCUCCUCCACCCCCUCCUCUCCUGCUCCCUUCCAGCAAAGCAACCCUCCAAGUGCCACGCCUCCCCCUAAUCCCUCCCCCAAGGGUCACCGUGACAACCGCUUCCACUUCCCAGAUGUUAGCAGCUCCAGUACCUUGCAUGCUGAAGGGCUCCCGGACACAGUGAACGAGAUUGAGCCCACAGCAGAGGACCUGCACGCUGAGCUCGCCGAGGAUGAAGAUGGAGAGGAGGUAGAGGAAGAGGAGGAAGAGACGAGAGAUGAGGAUGACCCAGGUGUAAAGGAGGAGGAUGAGGAAGAGGAAGGUGUGGCGGAGGAAGAUGAAUGUGAGGAGGAAGACGACGACGUAGAGGAGGAAGAAGAUGAUGAAGAGGAAGAUGAUGAAGAGGAGGAGUUGAAUGGAGGCUCAGACGGAGAGUAUGACGGAGACAAGCUGGAUGACCUGCCCAGCUCACGGGGUGGGGCUGGGGGAGGCACUGGGAGGAGUCACUGGAAAGGCCCGAUCUCCCGCAAAGCCAGUCAGACCAGCGUGUACCUUCAGGAGUGGGACAUCCCUUUUGAGCAGCUGGAUUUGGGAGAGUUGAUCGGUAAGGGACGCUGGGGCAGGGUGCAUAAAGGUCGCUGGCACGGCGAAGUGGCCAUCCGCCUCCUGGAGAUUGACGGAAACAACCAGGACCACCUGAAACUCUUCAAGAAGGAGGUGAUGAACUACCGACAGACGCGUCACGAGAACGUGGUGCUCUUCAUGGGGGCGUGCAUGGCUCCGCCCCACCUGGCAAUCAUCACUAGCUUCUGUAAAGGCCGCACGCUGUACUCUGUGGUUAGAGACACCAAGAACACGCUGGACAUUAACAAGACGAGGCAAAUCGCACAGGAGAUUGUGAAGGGCAUGGGAUAUCUGCAUGCCAAGGGCAUUGUUCACAAGGACCUGAAGUCCAAGAAUGUCUUUCAUGACACUAACAAGGUGGUGAUCACGGACUUUGGUCUGUUUGGGAUCUCUGGCGUCGUGCAGGAAGGAAGGAGAGAGAAUGAGCUGAAGCUUCCUCACGGCUGGAUCUGUUACCUGGCGCCCGAGAUUGUUCGUAAAAUGAGUCCAGGAAACAACGAGGAUCGCCUGCCCUUUUCCAACGCUGCAGACGUCUACGCUUUCGGCACCAUUUGGUAUGAACUCCAAGCGCGUGAUUGGCCAAUCACCAACCAGCCAGUGGAGGCCACGAUCUGGCAGGUGGGGAGUGGAGAGGGCAUUAAAAAGGUCCUGGCCGAGAUCAGCUUGGGUAAAGAGGUCACGGAAAUCCUUUCUGCCUGUUGGGCAUACGAUCUAAGGGACAGGCCCACCUUCACCCAGCUGGCCGACAUGCUAGAGAAACUGCCCAAGCUCAACCGCAGGCUGUCUCAUCCAGGACACUUCUGGAAGUCUGCGGAUUUCUCCUCCUACGCAGUCCUGUGUAAACUUGCAGCCUUCUGUCAUUGAGCAGAAACAUGUCUGAAGUGGAGAUGGGGUGGACAGAGAGCCAUUUUGGACUGGCUUUGUGUGUUUCAAUGCUUCAGUCUUCACUUUCUCCCACAAUCCUCUGAGAACUUAGACUAUGGAGCUACGCUAUUGGCUCAGUAGAAAUGGUAGUGUGAGAUAUGCAGGUGUUCGAUUUCAUCAUCAAUGACCUUGAGAAACAUGUUUACCCGGAAACACGCCAUUCCACCCCACUGAGACGGGAUAAGCACCGCUACUUGACCUAGCCUGAUACGACUGAACUGGUUCUCCCAGACCUUCUCAGAAAGGGCAGAGGAGAAUGAUGCAGAGAGAAGCACAGGUAUCCUGUCAAACUGUCCAGCGGUUUCAUUCGUAUCUCUUGAGUAGUUUUUUCGUGUUAAAACAAAGUAGAAACUCUGGCACGACGAGUAGAAAAACAGCGGAGGUGACCAUGCCGACGGACAGCGCUCCACAAUUCGUUCUUUUCACAUUACCUCUCGUGUGAGCUUGUGUGUGUUUGUGCGUAUACCAUGUGUGUAUCACUUUGCCAACAUUGGUGUGCCUGUGUUGUGGUGUACGUGUGUGUGGGCACGCGCGCACGCGUGUGUGUGUAUGAGUGUACAUGUGUGUGCGUGUGAGUGGUUAAGUGUAUUUGCAAACGUAGGGUUUAAUUCUGUGAAGUUUGGAGUAAUUGUGGUAUGGAGACAUGUAAAAUGUACAUGUAUAAAUAUGGUUUUAUUUAUUGUACAGCUGAUGGACAUAAUUCUUUUAAUAUUUAUAUGAUCAUUUUAUAUAUACUGUACCUCACAACAUUUUUAAAUAGGUACUGCAGCCCUAUUCAAAAUGUACAUAUCUUUAUAUUUUUUUCAUGUAUAAAAAAACCCUGUAAAAGAUCAAUUGUACAUUUUUUAGGAUGGGUCGAUACAUGUUAUGUCAUGUCAAAAUUCAUAUUUUUGUAUUGCAUGUGGCUACCAUUUCUGUAAACACAAUUUCUGUUCUCAUCCCUCAGCGACAA